CCUGUGUCUUAUCCUUGAGUCUGUAUUGCUAAGCACCCAUUUGAGCAUUUUCUCAAGAUCUUUAACGAGGAGUAGAAACCAUGGGGUGUUUAAUGAACCCAAAAUCGCCAGCAAUUUCUUUAACCAGUGUACAGUUACCAAGAAUCUCAAGGAGGCCCAUGCUGAAUGCAAGAGCAAUGGCCAAAGAAUUAUAUUUCAACCAUGAUGGUUCUGCCACAGAGAAACUUCUGGCAGGAGUGAACCUGGUAGCUGACCUGGUUGGAGUGACCUUGGGUCCAAAAGGAAGGAAUGUGGUUUUGGAGAAUAAGUAUGGACCUCCCAAGAUUGUCAAUGAUGGUGAAACUGUUCUUAAACAGAUUGAACUUGAGGAUCCUUUGGAGAAUGUGGGAGUUAAGUUGGUCAGGCAAGCUGGGGCAAAGACAAAUGAUAUUGCUGGUGAUGGUUGCACUACAUCCAUAGUGCUUGCUCAAGGCCUGAUAGCUGAAGGUGUCAAGGUUACUGCAACAGGCACAAAUGCUGUACAAGUAUCACGCGGGAUUGAGAAAACUGCUAAAGCACUUGUUUCUGAACUCAAGUCCAUGUCCAAAGAGGUUGAGGAUCGUGAACUUGCAGAUGUUGCAGCUGUUAGUGCGGGGAACGAUUAUACUGUUGGAAAUAUGAUUGCUGAAGCUAUUCGACGAGUAGGCAGAAAAGGUGUUAUUACAAUUGAGAAAGGGAACUACAGUGAGACGAACUUAGAGAUUGUGGAAGGAAUGCAUUUUGAUCGCGGUUACUUGUCCCCUUAUUUUGUCACUGAUAGGCAAAAAAUGGCAGUAGAGUUUCACGAUUGCAAGUUGCUGUUGGUUGAUAAAACAAUCUCAAAUCCAAAAGAGUUGAUUAAAAUAUUGGACAAUGCUGCUAAGGAGAAGUACCCUAUUGUGAUAGUUGCAGAGGCCAUCAAAGAGGAAGCUCUUGCGCCUGUAAUUAGGAACAAACUCAGGGGUGUCCUUAAGGCAGCCGCUAUUAAAGCCCCUGCCUUUAAUGAGCGCAAGAGCCACUGCCUAGAGGACAUCGCCGUUUUGACUGGAGGAACCGUGAUAAGAGAGGACAAGGGUUUGACACUCGAGAAUGCUAAUAAGGAGUUACUGGGGACUGCUUCAAAGGUGGUGAUAACCAAGGACUCUACACUGAUAGUUACCGAUGGAAGACAUCAAGAGGCUGUUAACAAGAGGGUCUCUCAGAUGCAAAAUCUCGUCGAGAACACUGCUGAAAAUUUUCAGAAGAAAAUUUUGAAUGAAAGGAUAGCAAGAUUGUCUGGUGGGAUUGCUAUUGUUCAGGUAGGAGCUCAAACAGUAGUCGAAUUGAAGGAUAAACAACUAAGGGUUGAAGAUGCUCUCAAUGCAACCAGGGCUGCUAUCGAGGAAGGAGUAGUAGUGGGCGGUGGCUGUUGCCUUCUGAGGUUGUCAUCAAAGGUGGAUGCUAUCAAAGAAACAUUAGACAAUGAAGAGCAAAAGAUAGGAGCCGAGAUUUUCAAAAGAGCUUUGGCCUAUCCUAUAAGACAGAUAUCACAGAAUGCUGGUGUAAAUGGGAAUGUUAUUAUAGAGAAGAUUCUUUCAACCGAUAACGUGAGUUAUGGAUAUAAUGCUGCUAAGGGAAAAUAUGAAGAUUUGAUGGCUGCUGGAAUUUUGGAUCCUGCAAAGGUGGUUAGAUGUUGCCUGGAGCAUGCAGCAUCUGUUGCCAAGACCUUCCUGACUUCUGAUGCUGUGAUUAUUGACAUCCGGGAACCGGUAUCCCGCCUAAGGAGAAAACCAAUGAUGCCCCCCACCUCAGGUAUUGGACCAGUUGGGUUUUAAUCAUGCAGCUGAAAUACUUUAGCUUUGUUCAAGAAGAGGAAAAGCAGACUGUUCAGCUCAUGCAAUGGCAUUGCUUCUAAAUGAUAUUGCUACCAUUGGAAAAACAAACUUGAUGGCAUGGGUAGCUUGAUCAAGCUGCACAGAAUUCCAGUCUCAUCAUCAUUGUAUUUCCCAACUGGUGAAGAGGAAUCCAGUGUUAGUGCCUUCUUGUUUUCAAUUCUCAUUGUCAAAGGACAAUGCAUCCCAACAAUUCAACAUGUAUUUGUAAAUAUAGUCAUAUAUUCCUUUCCCGACUAGGGUCACAAGGUGGUGUUUAGCAAGUGCACACCCUCGAAUAGUGGUUGUGCGUUUCCUUGUCACCUCAAAAAAAUAGUCAUAUGUAUGUAACACAAUAUGAACUUUCUUUUGCAACUUAAACAAAGUUUCUGUCAUUUUUUGUCCCACGAGUUUAA